UUACAAAGUGCUUACAAAGCAAGUACUGAAUCUUUUCAUCAACAUAUGGGCCACUAAAAACAAGACAUCCCUUCUGAAGUUGAAAGGACCAAAAGAAAACGUACCAAGCAGGCUGCCAAAAGAGAAUCGGAAAUUUCUUGUUGACACACUAAACCUCGUCUGUUGAGGCUGCAGCGUUUCACCGGUGUCCUGAAGAGCAACCUGAGGCUCCUACACACACACACACACACACACACACACACACGUCUGGGCGGUGUUUUCGGUCCUCACGCGGAAUCUCACCGUUUUGCUUCAGCGCUUUACACCUAGCAGAUCCAUCCGAUGGUGAAAUAUUGCCCAGAAUGAUGAAGAAUCUCUGAAGAACAACUUUAGCUACACCUGAAGAUUGCUUAUUCUUGAUCCCUUCCUCAAUGGGCUCCCGCAGCCAUGGGUUCUUUCACAACCAGCACCAACACCACCACCACCGCAGCUCCACCAUGCCCAGUCCGGCUGUGCCCAGACUGAUGGCGGAGCCGGGCAGCAUGCUCGGUGGCAUUGCCCAAAUCACUCCCACGCUGUUCCUCAGCCGUGGCGCUAUAGCAUCCAAUCGUGGCCUGCUGCUGUCUAAGGGAAUUACGUGUGUAGUGAAUGCCACCAUCGAGCUGCCAAAUUUCAACUGGCCACAUGUAGAGUAUGUAAAGGUUCCACUGGCUGAUGCACCACACUCGCCUAUAGCGCUGUACUUUGACAGUGUUGCAGACAAGAUCCACAGCGUUGGGCGGAAGCGCGGCGCUGUGCUAGUGCACUGCGCUGCUGGUGUGAGCCGCUCAGCCUCGCUCUGCCUUGCCUACCUCAUGAAGUAUCAUGGUGUGUCGCUAGCUGAGGCACACGCCUGGGUAAAGGCCCGACGGCCUGUCAUUCGGCCCAACGGUGGCUUCUGGCGCCAGCUUAUUGACUACGAGCGCAAACUGUUUGGCAAGACGUCAGUGAAGAUGGUUCAAACGCCGUACGGGGUCAUUCCUGACGUUUACGAGCGUGAUCGUAGAAACCUGGCACCAUACUGGGGCCUGUAGAGAAACAGAAGGGGGGGUUUCAGGAGACACGGAUAAAAAUUAAAAGUGAGUAGAUCUGAUCAGUGAACUGUGGUGAUUGGUGACUGGGUUUCAGCAGCAGCAUUUUGUGUCUGGAUACAGGGCCAAACACUGAGACUCAUGUCAAUGCUGAGUGCUGGACACUGAGACACAUAUCAGUGUAUUUUUCUGCAGCGUUGAGUUUCCAGCAGACAUCAGCUGUGACAGAACAUGAGCUAGUGUUGAUUAGGUAGAUGAAGUGGAAGUGGGAGGCAGAAGUCAAAGCCUUUAGGGCACCGUAAGAAAGUGAUGCAGAUUUCCUAAUCGGCUCAGUAGUGUGAUGACCUGCCAGUUCUGCCGACAUCUUUUCUUCUGAGGCAGCAAUCUGUUCUCUAUUAAUGGUAGCAUUUUUAAGCAUAUUUGUGAAUAGGAUUGUUUACUGAAAGUAAAUAAAAGCCUCAAAAAGCUGAAAUAGGUUAAAUGUUAAUCCAGAUUUAUUUAAUGAAAAUAUUCCAACUAAUUAAAUAUUAGGCUCAUUAUUUAAUUAUUUUAUGUAUACAAUAACAUUCUUGCUAUUUAUUAAAGCUUUUUUUUUCCUGGUCCAUACUAGGUCUAAAUUAACACUUUAUAGGCUACCUGUUUUGAAAUGGUUGAGUUUUGGAUUAACUUCAUUUAAGUGAGCAGACAAACCCAUCAAAAUAACACAAAAAAUAAUCUAUAAUAAAAUGUCACAGCUUUUGAUGUUGGUGGGUUGAAAUUUUCAUGACUGUAACAAAUGAAAGAAAUAAGACUUUGAGAAACAGCAUAAAUGAUAAGAAUAGCUGAAAUGACUGAGAGGCUUUAUUAAACGAUUAUCUGGGGGAUAAAUAAGGAUAAAAAUAAAGAAAACAGAAUUUUAAAAAUCAGAACAAUGGUGCUGCUAAAAAAAGGGAAAUUUGGGAACUUUAUUGUUUUGCUAUAUUUCCAAAUUCAAAAUAAUAAAGUCUUUUUUUCAGCUA